AUGGUAAAGGAGAUGUAUAUAUAUAGAAUAGCUGAACUUGAGGAAGAACUGUUUGCUAUUAAGCAAGGAGAGUUGUUUAUUACGGGUUACUACACGAUGCUGAAAGCAAUUUGGAAAAAGUUAGACAAUCUCAGGCCGAUACCAACAUGUUCGAGGUGUAUAGGGAGCUGCAAUUGUGAGUUCAGCAUUAUAAGGGCAUAUAAAGAAGAGUCAAAUGUAGUGAGGUUACUAAGGGGCCUGAAUGAACAAUUUUCAACAAUAAGGUCUCAAAUAAUAUUGAUGACGCCUUUACCUAAGGUGAAUAUGGUGUUUUCUUCUCUACUUCAACAAGAAAGGCAAAUACACAUGAAUGAUAUUAUAGAUGGAAAAACUCUACUAUUUAGCUCCAAGAAUGAUAGAAUUGAGAACCUAAGCACUGCUCCUAGAGGAAGAGACAGAAAUAGAAGAGGAAUAGGAGCUUUUGGGAGAAAUAGAAGAGGAACUAAACAGUGUUCAUACUGUGGUAAGAGCGAUCAUAUGGCUGAUACAUGCUACAAAAAAUAUGGAUAUCAUCCACGUUAUAAGAGCAAUGGUUCAUCAAUCAAUAAUGUUGUUGUAGAGGAGGCAGAUGCAGAGAACAGUCACCCAAACCAAAAGAAACAUGAUGCUAAACCAGGUUUCAAUUUGAGCUCAGAGCAAAAAGAAGCAUUACUGGCUUUCUUGACACAGCAAGAUUCACAAUCAAAGCAUAACUUAAACUAG